ACCUUCCUUCCCCAACCUGGAGUUGCUGUACCAAUUUCCUCUUCACUCUAUCUUCCUUCUCUCUCUCCUAAAAACUUCUCGCCUAUUUCCAUGGCGGACAAGGAGUUCAUAUAAAUUUAAAAUUACCCAUAUCCCUAUAAUUAAACUUCCUAUCCUAUUCUAUAUAUUCCAGAUUACAUACCUUCGUUUUCCGUUGUCAUGCCCGCGUUCGAAGACAACCCUCCGCCGGGACUCCCCCGCGGAGACUCCUUGCCGGAGGGAAUUCUCUUCGGAAAAUACGAACUCGGAAAGCUUCUCGGAUGUGGAGCUUUCGCCAAGGUCUAUCAUGGCAGAAACGUUCUUACAGGACAGAACGUUGCCAUCAAAGCCGUUAACAAACUCAAGGUUCUGAAAGGCGGUUUCACGGCGCACGUUAAGAGAGAAAUCGCUAUCAUGCGCCGUCUCCGUCAUCCCAACGUCGUUCGUCUCUUUGAAGUUCUUGCGACGAAGACGAAGAUUUAUUUCGUUAUGGAGUUUGCUAAAGGAGGAGAACUCUUCGCGAAAGUUUCUAAAGGAAGAUUCAGUGAGAAUCUCAGCCGUCGGUACUUUCAGCAAUUGAUUACCGCCGUAGGUUAUUGUCAUUCUAAAGGAAUUUUUCAUCGUGAUUUGAAACCGGAGAAUCUCCUUCUUGAUGAUAAUUUUGAUCUCAGAGUUUCGGAUUUUGGACUUAGUGCUCUUACAGAUCAGAUUCGUCCUGAUGGAUUACUUCAUACGCUUUGUGGAACUCCGGCUUACGUCGCACCGGAGAUUCUCGCUAAGAAAGGCUACGAUGGCGCUAAAAUCGAUGUCUGGUCUUGUGGUAUAAUCCUUUAUGUUCUUACUACUGGAUAUCUUCCUUUCAACGAUUCGAAUUUAAUGGCGAUGUAUCGGAAGAUUUACAGAGGCGAUUUCCAUUGCCCUAAAUGGACGUCUCCAGAUCUGCGACGGUUUUUAUCGAGGCUUCUUGAUACGAAUCCUGACACGAGGAUUACUGUUGAUGAGAUUCAUCGAGAUCCGUGGUUUGUGAAAGGAUUUCAGGAGGAGAAAUUUCAACAAAUUGAAGAUUUCUCUUCGGAGCUUUACGGUGAUGUGAAUAAUGCGAAAUGUUUGAAUGCUUUUGAUCUUAUUUCUUUCUCACCUGGUUUCGAUUUGACUGGAUUGAUUAAUGAGACGGAAUUUUCUUCCGGCGUCGAGAGGUUUCUCUCUGCGGAGUCGCCUGAGAAGAUUAUUGUGACGGUUGAGAACGUAGCAAAGUUGGAGAAUGUGGCGGUGGAGAAGAACGGUUGGGGAGCUAAAGUUGAAGGACGUGACGGUGGAUUCGUUACUGUGAUUGAUGUUUUCCGGCUGACGGAUGAAUUGGUGGUUGUUGAGAUUAAAAACAGAGUGAGGGAAAUUGAUCAAGAUCGUCAAACUUGGAAAGAUGUAUUGAGACCUCAACUUGAUUGUUUAAUCUACCGGUCAGAUUGACGGAUUCUGAUCGGAAAUCGGUGGCCGAUUUCUAUGAUUUGAUCGGAAAAAUCCGAUCCACGAGGAAAAUGGAGUCGACUGUGUACGGUUUUUGGAGGAAUUUUACCGGGUUUCAUGUAUAAGUUUCUUUCCCCGGAUUUUCUUUUUCUUUUAAAAAAAUAUUUUAUAGAAUUACUCUUUUUUAUGAAAA